GUUGAACACAGCCGCGGCCGGGAAGGAUGAGUAAACCUCUUGAACACAUUGCAACAUAAGCGCAGCUUACUAUGCCGAUUUUCUGCCGCUCCAUAUGUUCCUUUGCUUGAGUGGCUUGGUUUGAUGCCGACGGUGAUUGCUAAGCGCCUGCAGUUCUGGGCAUCAAGUAACAUAAGAUGAGCCGGGCCUCCCGUUGUAUUCUAUAGCACCGAGACAGCGCGGACUACCAAUUUUGACAAGGCGAGUGAGCCUUCCAAGCAAAUCGUCAUGGCAUUCUCUCUAGGAAUGUCUUUCCAUGACGGCGAGACGAAGAUGCAUGAACUCCUUCAUGUCCCACACCUUGAGAACCCUACAUCAACUACACUCACACCGCAAGCAGCUUUUCGACUGCAGCAAGCGCCACUUCUUGCUAUCGGCACAUUGGAUUCGCAAGAGCGACCGUGGACUUCGCUAUGGGGCGGGAACCACGGCUUUUCGGAAAUGUUAGGAGGCGGGAUCAUUGGAACGCGUACACUAGUCGAUGCAGCCCAUGAUCCUGUCGUGAAUGCGCUGGUGGGUCACGCGCCAAAGGGAGAGAUGGUGCCCGGUAAGGAGAAGAUGUUGGCUGGGCUUACUAUCGAUCUCAUGGAAAGGAAGAGAGUAAAAAUUUUCGGUCGCGCGAUAGCUGGAUGUGUAAACGAAGUAAAGGUGGAAGUCGAAGAUGACCACGCGAAAUCGGCUGGAGUUCCUGAAUCGCAAGAUCAAGUCCAGCUUAUUACCAAGAUAGAACAGAGUCUGGGUAACUGUCCAAAGUACCUGAACGCAUACGAAAUUCGACCAGCACUAGUCUCGCCCACUCUGAUGUCGCAAUCCGAAACGCUUUCAGAGGAGGCCAAGGCUCUUAUUCUGAAGUCGGACAUGUUCUUUCUCACGACUAGUGUACCUGAAGAUAUGGACACGAACCACAGAGGAGGGCCUCCAGGGUUCGUUCGCAUACUCUCCGACACGGAAAUAGUAUACCCUGAGUACUCCGGGAACCGACUUUACCAAUCCCUCGGUAACUUGCUCAUUAACCCAAAGAUUGGUGUUACUUUUCCCGCAUAUGACACGGGCGAUGUGGUCUAUAUCACUGGAACCGCCAAAGUCAUAGUUGGAGCUGAUGCGGCAGCGUUACUACCCGGAAGCAAUCUAGCCGUCAGAAUCAAGAUCGAAGAAGCGCGCCAUGUCAAAGAAGGGCUGCCUCUGCGCGGAACACGGAAAAUUCCAUCGCCAUAUAACCCACUCGUUAGGACGCUGGCUUCGGAGGGGAACCUGAAAGCCUCCGCACGAGCUGCACGGAAAAUGGCCCGACUGGUCAAAAAGACACCACUGGGACCGAGUGUUGCCCGAUUUACCUUCUCUGUCUCUGAUGGUGUGCAGUACUCCCCUGGACAGUGGGCAGCCUUUGACUUUUCUCACGAUCUCGAUAUCGGCUACUCACACAUGCGCGACGAUGACCCGCGGAGUUUGAACGAUGACUUCGUCCGAACUUUCACCAUUUCGUCGUCGCCUGUUGGAGACGGCACACAGAAAGAGUUCGACAUCACGAUAAGGAACGUCGGUGUUGUGACCAGCUAUUUAUUCCGGCAGAACGAACGUGCUGGCUUUGAGGUGCCGAUCGUGGGUAUUGGCGGAGAGUUCGUGAUCGAACAAGAUCCAGACUCGAAUAAGCUUACACCAUUUAUUGCUGGUGGUGUUGGUAUCACGCCGUUGCUUGGUCAGAUUGGAAGCUUGAUUUUGCGACCAAACCGCCUAAAGCUUAUCUGGACCAUCCGACUUACAGACAUUGACCUUGUCUUGAGUGUGUUGGAGACUCAUGUUGAGCUUGCUCGAUGCACUGAAGUGUUCUUCACUGGCAGCACUGAGACAACUGAGUUUGAGACCAAAAUUGAGCAACUAAAGAGUACAGGAGCUAAGGUUAACAAGGGGCGACUUGAGAAAGCGGAUGUUGACAUCCAAGAAGCAUCAUCUUUCUACCUAUGUGCCGGAGGUCCAUUAAGAAAAGAACUGCUUCGCUGGUUGGAAGGGAAGGUGGUGAUUUACGAGAACUUUGACUAUUGAACAGCGUUCUUUGGUUGUCCUCGGAAUGGUUCACGACCUUGGAGAUCUUUGGUCCAAGGAUCAGUCUACUUAAGAGCGUCGACCCACUACGUCGCUACCUACGUCGACACGUGUUGAUCCCCUAGCUUCAAGCCAUGUUGAAGUAUCAAUACCUUUACGAUUUCAAGUGUCGUGGCAUUGUCUCUGUGGAAGGUCUGUACACAAUACAGCAAUCAGAC